AUGUAUUCAACCAUAACUUCAGAGUACGAUCGACAAUUUCCUACUUUGGAAAGAAAGAUGGAUCCAAUCACAGGCAGAACAUCCAAACCCUUCAUUCAUCCGAGUGAAGUCCAGCCCAAUGGGAAGCUCAAACCUUUAACUCAGGCUGAGGAAGUUCUGAAUUGGCAAUCUGAAAACAUGGUUUCUCAAAAUGAAAUUCUUCUAAACCUUGACAAAAAGGUAGAUAAGAUUGCUGAAAAAAGGGAUGAGACAGAUGAAGAUCUCAAGGUUUUAUCCCAAAAAAUGCAGAAACAUUACAAAAGCUUGAAAGCCCAAGUAUCCCAGCUAGAUCAGGAUUUGUGGCAGAUGUUAGAAGAGAGGGCUUUUGGUAAAACAUUUGACCAAAAGGAAAGAGAAAUCAGAAGUCUACAAAGCCAAGUAAAAGAUAUAGAUGAUUUCUUAAGAGCCUCUCAUGAAAGAAAACCCAAACCUGUUGAAUCUCCUUGGAAAGAUCACUAUGAAUCAUCAAAACAAAAAGGAGACGAGUCCCUCUUAGAUGGUGACAACAUCUCUAAUCCAAAAUCAUCUUCUGAUGAGACACCAAGAUAUUUUUUUCAACUAAAGCAGAAUCUGAAGACAACAUUUUCCCAAGACUCUUCAUGA